AUGGCGGCUCCUUCAAAGGCGCUGCGAACGCAGUCCCGGUGCAUCGUGACAGCUCACCAACCCAAGCCGAAACCGUCUUCGAUCUACCUCGAUUCCGCCAAGUCAGAGGGCCCUGAGGUGACUACGACGCCGCUUGCCCUACCUGAACAUCAAAGGCAAGCCCUAGACAGCGCUCUCCGUGUCGACCAGGCCGGUGAGCUCGCAGCAAACUACAUCUACAUGGGACAAAUGGCCGUCCUGGGCAAGGAUCCGGUCACCGGACCCCUAAUUCAGGACAUGUGGGACCAAGAGAAGAAGCACCUCGCCGUCAUGAACAAGCUGCAAGGACAACACCGGGUCCGACCUACUGUUCUCUGGGAAGUCGCUCGCGCCGCAGGGUUUGGGCUCGGCGCCGUCACAGCCUUGAUGGGGAAGGAGGCUGCCAUGGCGUGCACAGAAGCAGUAGAGACUGUCAUCGGCGAGCACUACGAUGACCAACUCAAAGAGAUGGAGGACCUACCAGCAAACCAUCCGAGCGUUCCAGUCUUGAAGUCCGUCAUAGCAGAGUUCCGAGAUGAUGAACUUGAACACUUGGACAUCGCAGUCGAAAACCACUCCCAGCGAGCGCCUGCGCACGCACUCCUCAGCACCGUGGUAGGUGCCGGGUGUAAGGCUGCGAUAGAACUCUGCAAGCGCAUAUGA